AUGGUACUUACUCCCCUCUAUCCCACCCUCCACUCCACCGAUAUCCCGCAGAUAAAACUAACAACCGCCCAGUCGGAUCUGCAGACCAACUCCGCCGUCGCCCUGGGCGCCCUGACCUCGCUCGGCGGCAUGAUCGGCUACGCGCGCACCGGCUCGAUCCCCUCCAUCGCGGCGGGCCUCUCCGUCGGCGCCCUCUACCUGUACAGCUACUCGCGGCUGCGCGGCGGCCAGUCCUACGGCGAGGAGCUGGGGCUGCUGGCAUCGGCCGUGCUGGGCGGCAGCUCGAUCCCGCGCGCGAUCAAGACGAAGAAGAUGGUUCCCGUGGGGUUGAGUGUGCUGGCGGUUAUGAACCAACCGACAAAACCAACCCGUUCCCAGAUCCAACCCCUGGACUCAACUGAGAUCAGUGCCUCGCUCAAGUGA